ACCAUACUUACGCUGAGAGAGAGCUCACUUUUUGAGACAUCUUGCCUACAAAAACGACACGCUCUUUAUAAGACUGAAUACACGAUGGAUCUACCGCCUCUCUCCCAAGAACAGCUCUCGUUGAUCCUAUCAUCCGCUGCGACGCCGUCCAAGCUCUAUGACACACUAUCGCAGUAUGAGGGCCAAGUUCUUCUUUUGGCAGACAGCAACGGGGAUCCGGAACUAUUAAGCUUAUUCUAUUCCUUCUUUUUAUUUUCGCACCUUCUCAUUGAAGAACUUUCCGAAGCCCGCAUGUUGACGAAGCGAAUUCCACAGAACCUAGUCGCGAAUAACUCUCUACUGCAGAAUUGCACGAUCCUCCUGCGCGCGGUCUGGCAGAAAAGCCACGAUCAUAUUUACCGGUACCUCAGGGGAUUGCCGUGGCCAGAGCCACUCCAGCCGUUAGUGCAAAGAUAUGAGGCGUAUUUCCAAAACAAGACCUUAGAAGAACUCAGCUACACUUACGAGGCGAUCAGACCUGAAACGGCAGCAAGUUAUCUUGGGCUCGAUUCCGUCGCUGCACAGCAGGGCAAUUCCGACAUAAUCCAGAAGUUCACGGACUGCGGGUGGAAAUGGGAUGGGGAGGCUAAGCUGCUACAUCCGAAACCAAUUGCUCUAGCUCAUGGUCCAGAUGAUCGUCAAGUCAAAGGAUUACGUGAGGUCAUGGCGCUCCUGGGAAAGAGUUGA